CUUCGUUUCAAAACUUGCUUGAUCUUUUCACGCGUCGACAAUGUAGCAGAAAAAGAUGAUGCACCUAACGCUGACACUCACACCGGAAAUCCUGCUUAACGAUCGAAGGAAGCGUUCCCGGUGAAGCAUCUUUCUAUUUGCCUGGCAAUAAUGCACGGAAAAACUUGGAUUCCAACACCGUGAUCAGAAGAAUUCUUACGUGACGGCCCGCGCAAGGCGCAUCAUGCACAAAAUCUCGGACGCAUUAUGCACUCCUCAUAAAGAAAGGGUUAUAUGUAGCUUAGAUUCCCUCAGAUUGAAGCCUUCUCACACUGGAGUUGUCGAUAUGAUUUACUCUAGCGGUCUAUUACCUUACUGUCUUCUUUCGUUGGUUUCUAUUGUCCUUGCAACAUCUAGAACCUCCCCUCCAGAUGGCGCUAUUGUCGUACGACAGUCCGGUACAAAGAGCGGAGAGUACAGUACAAUAAGUGCCGCCGUAGCCACACUCUCCGGUGGUGAAACCGUUUUCAUAUAUCCAGGCACUUAUGAAGAGCAAGUGAGCAUUGGCGUCACGAAUGUCACUAUGCUAUGUUAUACGGAAGACACCGACACGUACAAGUCGAAUGUUGUGACUAUUACAAACAACUUGAAUGCUCAGGAUGACGGUGGUAAUGAUGCAUGUGCAACGCUUCGAGCUGAAAAAGAUGGCUUUAACCUGUAUAAUUGCAUUGUUAAGAAUACUUACGGGCAAGGCAAGCAGGCGACAGCAGUUGCAGCUCGAGGUAAUAAACAAGGAUUUUAUGGUUCCAGUUUCACGGGCUACCAGGAUACACUUUUGGCUGAUGGUGGCUAUCAGUACUAUAGCAACUGCUAUAUUGAAGGCGCAGUUGACUAUAUCUAUGGAGAUGCUUCAGCGUGGUUCGGCGAGUGCACCCUUGCAAGUAACGGUGCUGGAGCGAUCACAGCAAACUCUCGCGAAGAGGCAUCGGACCCAAACUACUAUGUCAUCGAUGACUCCGUCGUCAUCCAAGCUAAUUCCUCUACCAGCGACUUAACGGAAAAGGUCUAUCUUGGACGUCCUUGGAGAGUCCUAGCGCGGGUUGUAUUCCAGAAUAGCGAACUGCCAGACUUAAUCAAUCCAGAAGGCUAUACCACUUUGGCAAGUAACGCAACGCCAAUUUUUUCCGAGUACGGCAACACGGGAGAUGGGUCGGAUACCUCUGAACGCCUUUAUUACACGGCUAUCUCUGCUGCUAUUUCCAAGUCGUCUGUUUUGGGCUCAGACUGGAAGAGCUGGACAGACACAUCGUAUUGAUAUAUUAUUCCCGAGCCUUUAUUCAUACAUGCCCAAUUUUUGGUGAAGAUAUCUAAAUGAGAC